AUGACGACUGAUGUUUUAACAGCAAUUGUACUGCUUCAAGCAAGCGCGGAGCGCGCCUACCUGCGGCCGGCGCUGGGCAGGCCCAACCUGCGCGUCCUCACCGGGGCGACGGCCACCCGGCUCAUCAUCGACCCGGCCACCAACUCCACGCGCGGCGUCUGCUUCGUACGGGGCGGACGUGCGCAGGAGCAGCAGCAGCAGCAGCAGCAGCAGCAGCAGCAGAUGACUUUGGUCCUCCAUCUGGUCCACAGCAGCUUAGUUGUUGGCAUCAGCUCGAACUGGCACCAAUUGGCAGAGGUGCUGGCAGACAAGGAGGUGAUUCUGUCCGCCGGCGCCAUCAACUCCCCGCAGCUGCUUAUGCUGUCCGGCGUGGGACCCCGCGACCACUUGGAGAGCCUGGGAAUCCCCGUAGUGCAGGACCUGCCAGCCGUGGGGCAGAACCUGCAGGACCACCCCGCCAUGGGCGGAAUCACUUUCACCGUCAACGAGUCCGUCACCAUCAUCGACAAGAGGGACGCCCUCAACCCCGUCAACUGGCUCGACUACCUGUUACGUGGCAAAGGGCCUCUCACACUGCCAGGUGGCGCAGAGGCGUUGGCGUUUGUGCGGACGCCGCUGGCGGAGGGCCCGGGCCCCGACGUGGAGCUGGUGAUGGGCGCAGGAGCGCCCUCCGGCGACUCGCUGGGCUUCCUGCGGCGCCUCGUGGGCUGGCGGCGCGGCGCGUGGCGGAGUGUGUGGGGCGCCGCGGCCGGCCGGGGCGCCGACGCCUGGUCCCUGGCCGCCGUGUUGGUGCGGCCGCGCUCCCGCGGCUCCGUGCGCCUGCGCAGCCGCAACCCGCUGCACGCGCCCGUUCUGCGGGCCAACUACUACGACGACGAGCGGGACCUGCAGGCGCUCGUCCACGGCAUCAAGUUUGCGGCGUCGCUGGGGGAGUCGGGCCCGCUGCGUCGCUUCCGCAGCCGGCUGCUGCGAGUGCCGGCGCCGGGCUGCGAGCGGGAGACCUUCGGCUCGGACGGCUACUGGGCGUGCGCGGUGCGCCAGCUGGCCUUCAACCUGCACCACCAGGCGGGCACCUGCUCCAUGGGCGGCGUCGUCGACAGCCGACUGCGCCUGCUCGGCGUGCGGGGCGCGCGCGUCGUCGACGCCUCCGUCAUGCCCGCCGUGCCCUCGGGACACACCGCCGCGCCCGUCUACAUGAUCGCCGAGAAGGCCGCCGACAUGAUCAAGCAGGACUGGGGGCAGCCCAUCCAGUAG